AUGUCGCGCAGGCUUGACGGAUGCUCGGUUUGCAGGCGCGAGGUCAGCGGUACCAGAGAGAUGCUCAGGACGCGCACACUCGAGGAAUGGGCAGAAGCGGCCAAGACCUGCUUCUUUUGUGGGCUUGUUGUUGCUCUGCUGCAGGAUGCAAAGGAAAAGCACGGGAUUGACCCUUCUGAUGGCGGUCGGUAUAAAGUCUGUUUCAUGCCUGAUGACAACAUCAUGCUUGGGAGGUAUUAUCUCGCGGGUGACACCGUCGGCUGGGUGACCGAUAAGAAGAUCAAGGCCCGAAUCACCUUCUAUAACCCCAUGAAUUCUAAGUCCCCAUGGGAUGGGAUUCCUUUUGAUCAAGAUAUCUCCUCUAAUUCUGGGUCAAAGGAGUGUUUUUCUUUGCUUAAACACUGGAUGACAACAUGUCAGGAUUCACAUGCUCAGUGUUCAAACAAGGAUGACGGUACUCUGCCGACCAGAGUGCUUGAUGUCACUGGCAGUGCAAUAAAACUCGUCGUCUCAGACACUUCGCGGCAGGGAAAGUAUGUUGCGCUGAGCCAUUGCUGGGGAGCAUCGCAGCCUCUGAAGACCCUGAAAGAGAACAUUACAUCGCAUCAACAAGGGAUUGAUCCGCGCGCUCUGCCGCAAACCUUUCAAGAUGCCAUUACAGUAACACGGUAUCUGGAGAUUCAGUACCUUUGGAUCGACUCGCUCUGUAUCAUUCAAGAUGACAGCCUUGACUGGGAGCGCGAGGCUGCAAAAAUGGUCGACGUCUACGGCUUGGCACAUCUCGUCUUGGCCGCAUCAUCUGCAGCCGGCGGCAGCGAAGGCUUCCUCGGCCGUCGUGCCGAUCACUGGGAAGGCAGCCUCAAGGUGCCUUGCCCAAGCUCUCAUUGGAUGGCUCCCAUUCGUUACCGAGAAGUGGUGAAUCAUGCGAUGCCGAACUCAACAAGCAGAACCCAGGGGCCUCUCGAGACACGGGGAUGGACUUUCCAAGAGAGAGCCAUGGCCAAGCGCUUCGUAUCCUUUGGAAAGCGUGAGCUCUUUUGGAAUUGCAGCGCCUUGUGGGACUGCGAAUGCGACUGGACACACGUCCGCCGGGGAAAUCCCAACGACGACUUCUACGACAUGCAGAAACAUGGAGUUGUCUUGUUUCCGAGGAUCAGUCAGCUCUCGGAAGAAGACUUGUACCACGAGUGGAGGUUUGCAAUCGUCUAUCCUUAUUCCAGCCGCGAUCUCACCUUCUCGAAAGACAGACUGUUUGCGCUGUCCGCCAUAACCACAACAUUCCAUGAGAGGCUAGAUGAUCAGUUCCUCGCCGGGUUGUGGAGGAAACAGCUGCAUCGCGACCUGUGUUGGUACAGACAUGAACUGCUUUGUGAGGGCUUCGAGACCAACAGCUAUACUGGGCCUUCCUGGAGCUGGGUCUCUCUCAAUCCCGGCGUAACCGUAACAUGGAACAUGCUAAUCAAGGGCCUUCGGUUGGCUUCGACCUGCCGUAUCAUUGAGGCCGAUUGCACACCGUCAUCGGACAUUAGUCCGUUUGGUUCCGUGUCCGCUGGCCAUAUCACGCUAGAAGGGUUGUUUGUGUCGGCCACAGCCACACUUCAGCCAACACAGGCCAGGCUGCUUGAUGAAAACAACUGCUUUUACCAAUUGAAGGAGUGGCCCAAUGACGUAUUUCAUGCUGAUAUGUUCCUGGGAAUUUCAGAAGUUGAGUGGGAAGGCAGUCUUGUGCAGACCGCCACACGUCAGGUUUCUAUGAAUCGGGCCGUUGAGACCGAGUCAGUGGACUUUCCAGUCUGGUGUCUUGUACUGUAUACGUUCAAGUCUGGUCAUUUAAGUAAUGCUGACGUCCUUGUUCUCGGGCGAUCGGUGUCUCAACCUGGAAAAUUUGAAAGGGUUGGAUACCUGGGUCUGGACUUGGGCUACACGUCAGCUGAAGAGUUCUUUGCCGACUGGUCCAUAGAAAGGGUAACUAUCGUGUGA